AUGACGGACGCCUCGCGCUGGAAGGCCACUGUAUUUGUGGGUGGCCUAGCUUCUGCAGUCACAGCCUCCAAUGUUCACGACGCGUUCAUACCGUUCGGUGAGAUCGCAGACGUAUCGCUCCCCAAGAACGACAAGCCGAACUCAACAGAGCCUCAUAGAGGAUUCGCCUAUGUUGAGUACGAGGACGCCGAGGACGCAAAAGAAGCAAUCGACAACAUGGACCAGUCGGAAUUUUUCGGGAGAGUCCUCAAAGUUUCAGCCGCAAAGGUACCAAAGAGUGCCGACGAAGGUCUCGGUAGCAAGAAGGCGCUUUGGGAACAAGAAUCAUGGUUGGCUGAGAAUGCUGUGAGUGAAGAGGACAGACUCGCCUCAGAGCAGGCGCAGGUUGAAGUGCGUGGGGAUGACCCCAUGCAGGGUCUGGAGGGGCUUGAUGUCGCGGGACCGAGGCCGGAGUGA